AUGACAAUCGACAAGUCUUGGACCACUUUGCGAAAUCGUAGAUGUCCACAAUAUUGGGAUGGUCUAAAUGCAUUUUUAGAGAUGGCCUCGAAAUGUAAAGAUUGUGAUGGUAGGAUUAGGUGCCCUUGUGUAAGAUGUGUGAACAAUAGGCUUCAAACUUUACCUGUUGUGAAAGCACACAUAUUCGAUUGGGGUUUUUUUACUGGUUACGAGAAGUGGACAUACCACGGGGAAGCAGAAUCUAGUGCCACUAAUGCAAUGAACGACCAUGAUGCCGCUGAUGAUGAUCCUGAAAUUGACGAGAUGAUUCCAAUAGUGGAUGACUUCCUUCAGCCGUCAUUCGAAAUGGAUGAUAAUCCUGAUGCAAAUCAAUGGCGCGACGAAUUAUUUGAAGAAAUUGAGGCCGAGUUGUUUCCUGGUUGUGAUUGGAUAUCUUCUCUUAACUUUUUGGCAAAAUUAUUGCAUUUGAAAGUUAGGGGAAAAAUUCCUAACAACAUAUUUGAUGAAUUACUGAAGUUACUAAAAUUUGCUUUUCCAAAGGAAAAUAAAAUUCCAUCAAACUAUUAUGAUGCCAAGAAAAGAUUGAAAAAAUUAGGAUUGGGAUUCAUGUCCAGUCUGUGUGGCACUAGUAGAUGGAUAACUUCAGAAAAUUUAGGAGCAAAAAAGGUGCCUCAUAAGGUGAUGCAUUAUUUUCCGUUAAUUCCGCGACUGAAAAGACUGUAUACUUCAAGGCAUACGGCGAAAUACAUGGUAUGGCACCACAGUGGUAAAUCAAAAGAUGAGGGUGUGAUGCGACACCCUGUGGAUGGUGCAGCGUGGAAAGACUUUGAUGCCAAACAUCCUGAUUUUGCUAGUGAACCUCGAAAUGUUCGUCUCGGUUUAGCUGCCGAUGGCUUUAAUCCAUUUGGCAAUAUGAGCCAAGCUUACAGUAUGUGGCCUGUAGUUUUGGCGAACUAUAAUCUUCCACCUUGGUUAUGUAUGAAAGAUAAUAAUUUUAUGUUGACCAUUCUAAUUCCUGGAGAUAAAUCACCCGGAAUGGACAUAGACAUAUUUUUAAGACCCUUGGUGGAUGAGUUGAAGGAGUUGUGGGUUAACGGAGUAGAUACCAGAGAUUGUCGAACCAACACUGUCUUCAAGUUGCGUGCAGCUCUUUUGUGGACAGUGAAUGAUUUUCCUGCUCGUAGUUAUUUGUCUGGUUGGAGUGGUCAGGGAUAUAAAGCUUGUCCUACUUGCAAUGAAGAUACAUCUUCUAUUCGAGUAAUUGGUAAGACAUCUUACGUGGGUCAUAGAAGAUUUCUGCCAAAUAACCAUCGAAUGAGAAGGGAUACUCAAUUUGACGGACAAAUUGAGAGAAGACCUCCUCCAAGACGUUUUACUUGUGAAGAAGUAUUAGAACAAGUAAACAAACUCCCACCCCACCUCCCUGGAAAUCAUGAGCUCUUUGGUGGUGUGAAACGUAGGCGAGUUGCAGAAAAUCAUAAUUGGCGGAAAAAAAGCAUCUUCUACGAGCUUGACUAUUGGUGUUCAAAUAUUCUUAAACACAAUAUUGAUGUCAUGCAUGUUGAGAAGAAUGUUUGUGAUAGUUUAUUGGGCACAAUAUUGGACAAUGAGAAAUCCAAGGACACUACCAAUGCAAGACAUGAUUUAAAGAAGCUAGGCGUCAGAGAAUCGUUGUGGAUUUAUGAAGACGAGAGGGGGAAGUUGUUGAAACCUCAUGCACCUUACGUGCUUAAACCUGAUCACAGUCUCCUCCUAUAUUUUUUUCGGAAGCCGCUGGAGGAUCUCAGACACAACCUAUGGUUGCAACAACCAGUGUAUGGUCAAAUGGGAGGAUCUCCACAACAGCCUAUGUAUGGAGGCUUUUUCAGUGCUCAGAGUCAGCAACAACAGCAACAACCAAUUUUGGUUCGCCCGCACCCUCGACAAUAUGUGGAGAUCUUACCUACGCCGCAGACUGGACAACCUUAUUACCCUGCCCCGCCGGCUCAAUCCCGUGAAAAUAUUGAUGGUUCAAGACUUAGCGCAAAUGCAGAUGAAUUUUUAGAGUUUACUGAUUUGAACAAUGAUAGUUAG